UUGAGCAUUCUUCUUAUAGAACAAAUUGGUCUAAAUAAGUGGAGCGGCAAAAAUACGAAUCAUUGUACUUCAGCAAAAAUCUCUAGAAAAGAUCGGUCUGAUAGAGCUACUACUGAGCAGGUUUUGGAUAAACGUACUUUACUUAUAUUAAGAAAGCUAUUGCAACGUGACGUUUUUGAAAAAAUUGAAGGUUGCAUUAGUACGGGCAAAGAGGCUAAUGUAUAUCAUGCCAUAACAAAGGAAGGCAAAAGUGUUGCUUUGAAAGUCUACAAGACAAGUAUACUUAUAUUUCGCAAUCGAGACAGAUAUGUCAGUGGGGAAUUCAGAUAUCGGCAUGGUUAUUGCAAAGGUAAUCCUAGAAAAAUGAUUACACUAUGGGCAGAAAAAGAAAUGAGGAAUUUGUCACGAAUGUACUCUGGUAAGCUUCCAGUUCCGAAACCAAUAACUGCUAGACAAAAUGUUUUGGUAAUGGAUUUCAUUGGUUCGGAAGGUUGGCCUGCACCACUUAUAAAAGAUGCUGAUUUGUCGGAAGAGCUUGCAGAUGAUCUUUACCUAAAAUUAGCUAGUUAUAUGCGAAGAAUGUAUCGAGAUUGUCGAUUAGUACAUGCUGAUUUGUCAGAAUAUAAUAUUAUGGUACACGAAGGCAAGAUGUACAUUUUUGAUGUCUCGCAAUCAGUAGAACACGAUCACCCUCGAUCGUUAGAAUUCCUUCGGUUGGAUUGUUCGAAUGUCACGAAAUUUUUUAUAAAUAAGGGUGUUUCGGUACUUUCAGUGGAAGAUCUUUUCCGUUUUAUUACUGACCCAACUGUCAACACAGAAAAAGAUGCUCUGUUCAUGAAUGCUUUCAUUGCUCAGAAACUAGAUCAAGUUCUUUACUUUGAAAGAGAUCAAGAAAUCGCGAAGACUGGAGGCGAUAUACCAAACCCUUUUCAAACGCUGGUUUCACGAGUCGAAUGCUGCAAACAUCUUGAUGUAAAUGAAAUUAGGCGGAAACAAAUGGUUAAAGAGUUAAAACGUGAGACUAGGUCACACAAAAUACCCAAGCAUAUUAAAAAACGUCAUAAUAAGAGUGGCAAAAAAUGA